CUGGGAGGGUAAGAAUAGUCUACAAUGGCAGAGAUCCCUCCUGUUGUUGCUUGUCUGCUUGCAGUUGUCCAGACAGAGGAUCCACGAAAGAGGUCUAACCUACUUGGGAAAUGCCAAACCUGUAAAGACAUCAGGAGCUGGCAGCGCUGUGAACCUGAUCGAACAUGGAGCGCUGGGACUCGCUGGGAUUUUUGAUUGUCACUCUCAACUAUAACGUGACAAUUGUAGGAAAGAUCUGGCUAAUGUUGAUAAUUCUGCUGCGAAUGGCAGUGGUCGUGUUAGCAGGCUAUCCACUCUACCAAGAUGAGCAGGAGCGCUUCAUCUGCAACACCCUGCAACCAGGAUGUUCCAACGUUUGCUAUGACUUGUUUGCUCCCAUAUCUCACUUCAGGUUCUGGCUCAUUCAGACUGUGUCUAUCCUGCUACCUUAUGCUGCAUUCAGCAUUUAUGUUUUGCACAAGGUAGCUACGUACAUUGUAAGAAUGCACUGUUUGGUGUACAGAUGCAGAGGCAAUAAGGAUUCAUCCAGUCACAAAGACCUGAAGAAACUUUGUAGAAGUGCUCUAGUCAAUAGAUUAGACUGUGAUGCAGAGAACCUAAGUGUCCUCAGUUUUUCUGGGGCAUACACUGUUCAUCUCUUUUUUAGGACACUAAUUGAGGCUGCCUUUGCAGCUGCUCAGUAUUACCUUUUUGGAUUUUUUGUUCCUGAGCGCUUUUCCUGCUACCAUUCACCUUGUACAAGUACAGUUGAUUGUUAUAUCUCCCGGCCCACUGAGAAGUCCAUCAUGAUGGUUUUCAUCUGGGGUGUCACCAGUCUGUCCUUUCUGCUCAGCCUUGCUGACCUUGUCUGUGCCCUCCGGAGAAUGACAGCAAGAAACGAAAAGAAUGAUCUGCUGGCAAACCUCCACGCAGAGGAUGAGGGCACUGUAAAUCUUCCCCUAGGACAGCAUGGCAGCCCAAAAUCCCCACCUCCAAAUCAAGAUUGUCCAGCAUCAAAUGGCAGCCAGACCAGUGAUGGCUCCUGCUCACUUCUCUCUGAAGAGGAAGAGGAGACUAUUAUUCAUCCUGAAGGGGUCUCUCAGCAAACUACCAUCACUAACCUUAACACCAACAGCAACAAGCCCUGUAUGUCAGGAGCUCUUGAUGUUAAGCAAGAUAAUAUUGAAGAACCAUUGGGUGCUGGUGACCAAGAAGGAACUACAUGCCAGCAGGUGAUACCAGGGCUCCAGCAAGGUUUCAUUAAAGAUACUGCCCUGACUUUGAGACCUCAGAUCAAGUCUCACCUUGGAGUUUCCUCCUCUGUAGUUCAGAGCAAGGUUUUAGGAUACUACACUUCAGCUGAGCUAAAGAAUCCUGAUGCACAAUCAAAUUAUAGUAGUACUAGUUGCUUGAGAUCAAAAAAGUCAGAAUGGGUAUAA